CACCCUUCCUUCCUGUGGUGGGUAGGGUCGCUUGUGUUGACAAACACUAGGGUGGAGAUCAGUUCAUUUUCCGAGUUAAAAAGCUGCUAAAUAAACGCUUUUUAUUAAACAUAUAGGAACACACGCGAAAGGAUUAUUGUUUGGUAUUAAAUGCAAGUAUGGGUUGCUGUCUGACUGUUGGACCAAAUGAAGCGCUCGUUGUGUCAGGUGCCUGUUGUGGGUCAGAUGAAAAGACGUAUGUGGUGGGAGGCUGGGCGUGGGCAUGGUGGCUUAUAUCAGAUACACAAAGAAUUACACUAGAGAUUAUGACACUACAGCCUAAGUGUGAAGACGUGGAGACAGCGGAGGGAGUCGCUAUUACAGUUACAGGAGUUGCUCAAGUCAAGGUUAUGACUGACAAAGACUUGCUGGCAGUUGCCUGUGAGCAGUUUCUGGGAAAGUCUGUCAUGGAAAUCAAGGCUGUGGUCCUGCAAACCCUGGAGGGACAUUUGCGUUCAAUUUUAGGCACUUUGACAGUGGAGCAGAUCUACCAGGACAGAGAUGAGUUUGCUCGGCUGGUAAGGGAGGUGGCAGCUCCUGAUGUGGGCCGGAUGGGCAUCGAGAUCCUCAGCUUCACUAUAAAAGAUGUCUAUGACAAGCUGGACUACUUGAGCUCACUUGGAAAAACUCAGACAGCGGCUGUACAAAGGGAUGCUGACAUUGGAGUGGCCGAGGCAGAGAGGGAUGCUGGGAUUAGAGAAGCUGAGUGCAAGAAAGAAAUGAUGGAUGUGAAGUUCUUGGCGGACACUAAAAUGGCCGACUCCAAGCGAGAGCUGGAGCUGCAGAAAGCCUCUUUCAACCAAGAAGUGAACACUAAGAAAGCAGAGUCUCAGCUGGCCUAUGAGCUACAGGCAGCUAAAGAGCAGCAGAAGAUCAGAUUGGAGGAGAUCGAAAUCGAGGUUGUGCAAAGGAAAAAGCAGAUCUCCAUUGAGGAGAAAGAGAUUGAUAGGACAGAGAAGGAGCUGAUUGCGAUGGUCAAGCGUCCUGCUGAAGCAGAGGCUUACAAGAUGCAGCAGUUGGCUGAAGGACAGAAGUUGAAGAAAGUGCUGACUGCUCAGGCCGAGGCAGAGAAGAUCAGGAGGAUCGGAGAGGCUGAGGCCAUCUCUAUCUCAUCUGUGGGGAAGGCUGAGGCUGAGAGAAUGAGGCUGAAAGCAGAGGCCUACCAGCAGUACGGAGAGGCCGCCAAGACUGCGCUCGUCCUAGAAGCGCUUCCCAAGAUCGCUGGAAAGGUAGCAGCUCCUCUGUCCAGGACCAAUGAGAUUGUUAUUCUGAGUGGGGACGGCAGCCGUGUGACCGGGGAGGUGAACCGCCUCCUCGCCGAGCUGCCUGUGUCUGUUAAUGCACUCACGGGUGUGGACCUGUCCAAGAUACCACUGUUGCAGAAGAUAACAGGUGCUCAAGCAUGAAGUCAAUCAGUUGUGUCUCCACCAUGAUGUGUUGUAUGCACUCACAGGAACUGCCUUUGGAAGACUUGGAAAUCUUUUUUUUUUUUUUGAAUGGAAAAAAAAAAAAGCAUAACAAAAAACAAGUAGAUUUUUUUAUACCUCUGGUGCCUUAAUGUUUCAUAGGACCAGAAUAUCUGCAUGCACUGCUGCUCCCACAUUUUUAUUUUUAAAUCACUUGCCGCUGGAGUCAUUGUACAUCUCAUACAUCAAGAGACCAUUAGAACAAUCAGUGUUGGUUUUUGUUUCAUUUUGUUACAUAAAGUUGUAGUAUCAGCUUACAAGAUUUAACCUAUCACUCUUUUUCUUGACUAUUUUAUACACUUCAUCUCUGCACUGCACACUAACACUUGAUGGUGAGUCAGCUUUAGAUUACAAUCAAAUCUUUUUAUCUAUCCAAAGUCAAGCACUACUUUUUCCAUUUAUGCUCACAUUUCUAGCUACAAAGAGGCGACUUUACCUUACAGAUCCUGCCAUGAUUUCUAACAUUCAGGAAGUCUGCCACUGAUGUAGAGUAGCGAGUAGCAUUCAGUAUACUAAGCUCUUGGGCAAAAGCAUUGCCUUACGGGUAAAUAUCAGUGUCAUCUGAGGUAGAAUCAAGCCAAGUGCUCCUCUUCUUUUAAAAUGUUGCUGACAUAAAUAGACAUGGCCUUUAUAAAUCAGUUCAUUAGUUUUAAUUUUUUUUUUGCUUGUACAUUUUUAAGAUAUUUGGAUUCUGUGUGAUUUUGUUUAAUGUAUAUUAUUGGGCAAAUUUUGUUUUUAAAAAGAAUUUAUUUGUUUUUUUGUUUUUUUUUAAGCAAACUCUGAAAAAUGUCGGGAUAUCCAACCAAUCCGAUGUUGUUAAUAUAGUUUCAUGACGACAGAGUUGAGCCAUUUUUAAGAUAGUAUAGUUUUUGUAUAGUUGUAUGACAGCCAUGCCUAACAAAAUCUUUCUAAAUAUUAACACUAGAUACUGUAAUAUCUGUCAUGAGAUGAAUUGAAAUCACCCUUUAUGGACAAUAAUGUUCUGUUCUGUAGUGGUUUAUUUAGAUUGUGUACUCUUUCGUCACUGUGAAAGUUAUAUUACCUCGUUUUCCCUCAUUCAGAGUUAGUGGCGGUUUGCAGUAGAGUUUGUACAUUUAUUCUGCUGUAUUUAGUAGUGCUGUGAAGGGGCAAAGUCACUUUUACUUGUUUGUUUGUCAUGCUAAUGAAACACCAAAUGAUCAAGCAAAGAGAUCGCACUCCUCUUUGUAAUAUAAAGAUUUUAUUCAUAGUUUUUAUCUGCUUGUCAUCUAUGUUGAUUAAAUCUUUAUAAAACUGAUUUAUUGUUUACCCUGCUAAAAAAAAAAAACAGCUGGUCAACAAGCCUGGUCUUAGCUGGUCAUCAGGCUGGUUUCAGGCCACUUCCUUAGCUGGCCAGGCCAGGCUGGGAGACCAGCUAAUACCAGCUAUUUCCAUCUUAAACCAGCCAAGACCAGCCAACCAGCUUAGGCUGGUUUUAACUGUUUUUUUUUUCAGCAAGUUUAUUUUGUUUUAGGAUAAGCCCCUGAGACUUCUGUUUUUCCUCAUAAAAACAGAUUCAAUCAAACUGUAAUAUUAUUUUAAAGAACAUUUCUAUGUUUGAUUCAUUCAGAACUGUUAAAGCCAUGUCAGGUUUAGCCAUUUAGCAUUAGAGCAUCAUAGACUGUUUAUGUGCUUUGUACGGUAUUGGUAAUGUACUAUACUGCGUAUUGGACAAACAUUAUAGGACUGUACGACACGUUAAAGCUCAGAUGUGCUUCUCUUUUAGUGGGUCAAAUGAUACACAAACUAACCCCAAAUAUGCCAUUGACCAAAUGGGGAGAAUUUGGUAGUUUUAUACAUACUCUUUACACAGCAUGUUUAUGGUGCAUGUAUUUCCAAAUGUAAUAAAUGUAAUGUGACCCUGUUUUUGUCCUGUUGUGAAUGUUGUCUCAUUCCAUUAAAGUGCUCAUAGAAACUG